AUGCUGAAACUAUCACUCAGCUCCGAGAAGGGCAGAUGUAGCCGCUCACUCCAGGGAUAUCCAUUCAACCCUUGCCUUACCGAGGCCAACUAUCUCGAGAUGGAAGGAAAGGUGAAGAAAAUCUUCGAGAACAUCUCUGACCCAGAGCUACAGGGAACCUACUAUCCUCUUGAUGGUAUGACCAAGGAAGUCCAGAACCAACUCAUCAAGGAUCACUUCCUCUUCAAGGAGGGUGACAGAUUCCUCCAGGCCGCCAACGCUUGCCGAUACUGGCCCAAGGGACGUGGAAUUUUCCACAACAAGAACAAGACCUUCCUUGUCUGGGCCAAUGAAGAGGACCACCUUCGUAUCAUCUCCAUGCAAAACGGUGGAAACGUUGGACAAGUAUUGGAGCGCUUGAUUAAGGGAGUGAAGAUCAUCCAGGCUCAGGCUCCAUUCUCACGUGACGAUCGUCUUGGUUGGCUCACAUUCUGCCCAUCUAAUCUAGGUGAACUCCUGCUCUCCUCUAGCAUCCUCAGCAUUUUAAUCCAAAUUUCAAAAUCCAAAAAUCCAUUGCAGAUCCGCCGUAUUUAUGGAGAGGGUGACGACGUCUAUGAAAUGUCGAACAAAGCUCGCCUUGGUCUGACGGAAUUCGAAGCCGUCAAACAGAUGUACGACGGAGUGAAAAACCUCAUUGAACUGGAGAAGAACCCUCACCAUCCUGAUCAUUACCAUUAUCAUCCUUAUCAUUAUCGUCAUCUGCCUGAAUCAGGAAAGCUCAAAGCUUCCGCCUCCAGUGAAGGUCUAGUAUCUCGGUGA